GCCAAUGAAUGCGCGACAGGGCGGGGCCUUGGGGACACUAUAUAUAAGGCGCUCGCCGGCUUCUCGAAAGCUUCCGCUCUGAAGAAUGUCUGCGAGCUACGACAACCGAUCCAGAGACAAUGGGCCCGAAGGCAUGGAGCCUGAUGGCAUCAUUGAGAGUAACUGGAAUGAGGUGGUGGACAGCUUUGACGAUAUGAAUCUCUCUGAAUCUCUCCUCCGAGGAAUCUACGCCUAUGGUUUUGAGAAACCGUCUGCCAUUCAGCAGCGCGCUAUUCUACCUUGUAUCAAGGGUUACGAUGUGAUCGCUCAGGCUCAGUCUGGGACUGGGAAAACAGCCACCUUCGCCAUCUCCAUCCUCCAGCAGGUCGAGCUGGACAUGAAGGCCACACAGGCCCUGGUGCUGGCACCAACCCGAGAGUUGGCUCAGCAGAUCCAGAAGGUGGUGAUGGCUCUGGGAGACUACAUGGGCGCCUCCUGCCACGCCUGUAUCGGAGGCACCAAUGUGCGGGCCGAGGUCCAGAAGCUGCAGUCUGAGGCGCCACACAUCAUUGUGGGCACGCCUGGCAGGGUCUUUGACAUGCUGAACAGGCGAUACCUCUCCCCCAAAUACAUUAAGAUGUUCGUGCUGGACGAGGCCGAUGAGAUGUUGAGCAGAGGAUUUAAGGAUCAAAUCUACGACAUCUUCCAGAAGUUGAGCAGCAAUGCUCAGGUGGUGCUGCUCUCGGCCACCAUGCCCUCAGAUGUGCUGGAAGUGACCAAGAAGUUCAUGAGGGACCCCAUCCGUAUUCUGGUUAAGAAGGAGGAGCUGACCCUUGAGGGUAUCCGGCAGUUCUACGUCAACGUAGAGCGAGAGGAAUGGAAGCUGGACACAUUAUGUGACUUGUACGAGACUCUGACUAUCACACAGGCCGUCAUCUUCAUAAACACCCGCCGGAAGGUGGACUGGCUGACGGAAAAGAUGCACGCCCGUGACUUCACUGUGUCUGCGCUGCACGGUGACAUGGACCAAAAAGAGCGCGACGUGAUCAUGAGAGAGUUCAGGUCUGGCUCCAGUCGCGUCCUCAUCACUACCGAUCUCCUGGCCCGAGGCAUUGACGUGCAGCAGGUUUCCCUGGUCAUAAACUAUGACUUGCCAACCAACAGAGAGAACUACAUCCACAGGAUUGGGCGCGGUGGCCGUUUCGGUAGGAAAGGAGUCGCGAUCAACAUGGUGACUGAAGAGGACAAGCGCACAUUAAAAGACAUUGAGACUUUUUACAACACAACCAUUGAGGAGAUGCCAAUGAAUGUGGCAGAUCUGAUCUAGACCCCCCCCCCCCCCCCCCAAUAUACGGGGAGAAAAAGGAAAAACCCGAAAAAAAAAGAAUAAUGGAAAAUAAAAAAAAUACCCCCUGCGCCAUUCGUCAGCCCCAGGCCGGGGGAGCACAACACAUAAGCGCCCCCUAUCCCCUGUUAUGCCAUCAAAUGAUUUAUAUUCAUUUUUUUGUUUUCAAUAAAUGUUAUUUUGAGGUUAUUGUGGCCGUAAA